CUUUGACAUUUCUCUAGCCAAGGGUUCAGAUGGAAGAGAUUUUAUAACAUAACUUAACGUUGUCCGCUUGUCAAAUUAAACGUCAUCUCAAACAGUCGACAAAUGCCAAGAGUGAAGCUGAAAACUUUAAUUUUGUUGUCUCUAUGCUUUAGUGUAACGUCGAUGAUCUUCGUUCUGGUGUCAUUUGACAAAAUUGAUGAUACUUUAAAUGCCAGAGGAAUCGGAAACAUUAAAUUUAGGUUUCAGAAACGUCACGGCAUAUCUGUAGGCAAUGGCGUCAGUGUUUUUCAGCAAAAUCGAAAAGGUCAAAUGAGACUACUACGAAACAUCAACAAGAUGUUUAAUAACCUCAACAUAUCAAAAGUACAAUCCAUCAGGAGACAACUGAAGAAAGCUGGGUUUUCCUUGGAAAGUAUGCUACAAUUUUUACCCUAUGAUUCUAACAUUUCUGACGAGGAAAAUAUUUUUGCUGGUAAAUUACAAGGCAAUAAUGAUGAUUUACUCCUUAAAGCAGUCAACAAUGUUGAAACGUGUGCAGUUGUAGGGAACAGUGGCGUUUUGACAAAUAGCAACUGUGGAUUAGAAAUUGACGCUCACGAUGUAGUUUUGCGGACGAACAUGGCGCCAAUUGAAGAUUACGAAAUUGACGUCGGUAAACGAACUGAUCUUGUCAGUAUGAAUAGUGCAAUAGCUAAAUUCUACUACAGAUGUUUACGAAGCAAUGGCACUAAAUGCUACCAGCUUUGUAAAAACUAUUUACAAAAUAUUAACAGGUCUACUGUCUGGUUUUCAAAAUUACACGGUGUUCCUUCUUAUAUAUAUUAUAACGUUGUGGCAGCCCUGCGCAAACUCAAGAGUGAUGUUGCAGUGACAUUUCCUGAUAGACAGUUGAAGGCACCGCUACAAAAGUUCUGGAAACUGGAUUCCAUACCAUCAUCUGGAGUAUUCCUUUACACUUUAGCCUUUACCUUUUGCCGGAAGGUGUCUCUGUACGGAUUCUACCCCUUCAACCAGACGAGGUCAGGACAGCCUCUUCGCUUCCACUACUACGAAAAUGCCAGUUUUGUCAACACUCAUAGCAUGCCCAUUGAAUUUGAUAUGAUUUUUCAACUCUAUAAAACAGGAGGACUUCGAAUCGUAACAGAAUCGUGUGUAUCUUAAUAGAUUCGUGUGUAUAACAGCGAUUACGAUACUUUCUCUAUGGAUAAUUUUCAUUUUCGUUAUUAUCACUAUUUAUUUAUAUAUUUUUUGAAAAACGGACAUUAAUAGGUAUUGUAAAAGAUAAUUGAGAUAGAUGUCAUUGUAUUUAUUUUACUCCUUCCGGUAAUAAAAAUACGUAUAGGCCUACAUAUAAUAAAUAUUUAAAUAGUUUCCCAGCCUGUACCAACAAAUAUAAAAUCUAUACACAAUGGUAUAUGUUAGCAUGUAUAAUAUUUAAAUAAACCUUUUAAAACAUUUACAUUUGAAGAUCGAACGAACAAAAAUUGUCUUCGAAUUUACAAACAUUGCAUCCUCUUUGUUUUUACUUUCUCGUCCUGGUUUGACAAUCAUGAUUACCAUGUUUUUUGGUCAUAUGCCCUUAUAACAUUUAACAUUGUUUGUAGGCCUACAAUUAGGCUUAACAUAUGUCCGUAACGCAGCUACAUUGGUACCUCAGUAUAAUCACCACUGGCAAGUGGUUAUCUGGUAGCUAUGCUCCAUGGUCCUUAAUUAAUUUGUUUAAACAUAAUGUUAAUACUGAUUAAACCAUGGAUGAGUAAGUAAAGUACUGAACUUAUUCCUCCAUGGUUAAACAAGUUAAAUAACAUCAGGCCUAUUUUAAAAAUAUAUUUAAUGAAAUAGUGCUACCAACAACCGCAACUUAUGCUUUUAAAUAAAAGUGGGGAUAAUAAUUGUAGGAAAGAAUCACUAAGGGCACAAGUACUGUAGAAGAGCAGACGUGGUAAUAAUAAAAUCAUUGUGCCCUUCUUUUUGUCGCUCCUUACCAGAAGUAAUUGCCGCCAGCGGCGGCGCCAGCGUCUGAAAUGUGAGGGAGGUGGCAGUGAGGGACAAGGUAAAAUUUUAGGGGGAAGAGGAAGUAUGUUAAAAGAGAUUUCCUGUUUUCUUUCCUCUAGGCUUAUUUCUUAUCUGAACCCGGAUGCAAACUUAAA